AAGCUCAAGUAUGGAAAAACAAGUGAGAUGGCUUAUCAGGGCGAUACGCAGCGGUGCAGUGGCAGAGAAUAUAGCGACAGGGAAGCAGCAGGCAAGACGAGGGCCCUUGCACCGUGGUCACUGCAGCUGGGGCAGACGCUGUCUAGAGACGAACACGCGAGCAUGUCCGCCGAGAGAGAAUUCUGCGGGCGCCUUGCAGUGGUCACCGGAGGAGGCAGCGGCAUCGGUGAAGCCAUCUGUCAUGUGCUCGCCGAGAGGGGUGCCCGCGUCGUCGUAGCCGACAUCAAUUUCGAAGCGGCUCAAAAGGUCUCGAACUCCCUGCCUGGUGACAAAGACCACCGCGCUGUGCAAGUCGACGUGGGUGAAUCAGCGUCCGUCGAGAAGCUGUUUGAAGAAAUUCAAGGGUUCAGUGAUGACACGCCGGUCAGCAUAGUCGUCAAUAAUGCCGGCACCGGCGCUCGCUUCGCUUCAAUUGCUGACGCUAGCGAAGAGGACUUUGAUCGCAUAAUGAAAACGAAUCUCAAGGGAACGUUCCUUAUGAGCCGCGCAGGCAUUCGCCUGAUGCUGGCAGCCGGGGUGAAAGAAGGAGCCGUGGUCAACGUGUCGAGCCUCGCGGCCAAGGGUGGCAUGAGGGGCAUUGCUAGUUACGUGGCCUCCAAGUCCGGCAUCUUGGGACUGACCAAGUCAAUGGCGCUAGACGUUGCAGGCACGGGAAUCCGCUGCAACGCCGUCCUUCCCGGCUUUACGAAGACGCCCCUCUCCGACAACCUCACUCUGGAAGAGAAGGAGCAGCUUAUCGCUACCAUCCCACUCAGUCGCCCUGCGCAACCACGAGAGGUGGCGCAGGUGGUGGCGUUCCUGUGCGGGCAAGAAAGCUCGUACAUGGUCGGCUCCGCCGUCGAAGUCUCGGGAGGCGCGAUGGUCUAAUAAAGGCGGCACCUACGCCAUGUGAAUGAAUUAAAU